AUGGCAAGUUUGAACUGGAGUUAUCAAGGUAACAAUGGACCUGACCACUGGCACAAGCUGUACCCUAUUGCCAACGGAGACCGUCAAUCUCCUAUUGAUAUUAAAACCAAAGAAGUAAAAAAAGAUGCAUCUCUGGGGCUUCUCCGGAUCACCUGGAAACCUUCCACAUGCAAAGAGAUUGUCAAUGUUGGGCAUUCAUUCCAUGUGAAUUUUGAGGAUAAGGACAAUCAAUCAGUGCUGACAGGUGGACCUCUCACUGGAACAUACAGAUUGCGGCAGUUUCAUUUCCAUUGGGGCCAAACAGAUGAGCAAGGCUCAGAGCACACAGUGGAUGGAAAGAAAUACGCCUCAGAGCUUCAUCUCAUUCACUGGAACGCAGACAAGUAUUCAACUGUAGCUGAGGCUUUCGAUAAGCCGGAUGGUUUGGCAAUUGUCACUGUUUUCCUGGAGCUUGGCUUAUGCAAUGAAAACCUGAAGGCUGUCUUGAAGGCCUUGGAUUCAGUAAAGACUAAGGGUAAGCAAGCUCCCUUUUCUGAUUUUGAUCCUUCAAGCCUAUUGCCUAAAUCUUUGGAGUACUGGACCUACAAUGGCUCUCUGACUCAUCCUCCCCUCCAUGAGAGUGUCAUCUGGAUUAUCCUUAAAGAGCCAAUUACUAUCAGCUCACAGCAGCUGGCUCAGUUCCGCACAAUCCUGUCUUCUGCUGAAGGGGAAGCACCUUGUCCCAUACUGAGCAAUCACCGGCAACCCCAACCGCUGAAAGGCAGAGUGGUCCCAGUUCAUAUCUGGAAGGUCAGCAAAGUCGUGGUUGCUGAAGCAACAGAGAGACAAAUCUCUGCAGGGGCAGAGAAAGCGCAGUACUUGUACCUGCUGCCGCUGGCAAAUGCCUUUUAUGUCUCCCAUGGUCUAUUUGUGUUCUUUCCUUCAGAAAACAUUCAGAAGGCAUUGAGAAGCCUUGCAGCAAUAGUAGCUAUCAUCUGGGAAGAAGAAGACAAAAAAUCCACCUAA